GCUGACGCGGAGGACCUUGUCGUGUGUCGCAGACUCCCACAAUUCUUUUUCGGGGUCCCGUGUUCCGAUUUUUGCUAAAAAUUUAUAUUCAUAUAUUUUUUUGUGGUCGUUUUCCAUUUUGUGAGCAUAUGAUGUUUCAAUGAGCCGGUGGCUCAGUCUACUGCUUUUCGCCGUUCAAGCAGUGGGAGGUUAUGAAGCUGGAGAGGAGUUGAGCUGUAAGCGUCGCCACGGUGGGAUCCCCCUACCGCUCGGAGUGUUCACAGUUCAAAAAGAAGGAUUUCCGGAUGCACUUCCAGCAAUUCGAACAGCACUUUCACAUGUUCAUAGUCGAUCAUGCAUUCUUCAAGGAUAUCGGCUGGAAAUGAUAGUCAAAGACACUCAUUGCAAAACAUCACAGGGAAUGAAGGCACUGUUCGACUUGAUCGCUUCGAGACCAAGACCCGUGGCAAUUCUCGGAGGGCAAUGCACUGAAGUGAACGAGCCAAUAGCGAUGGCGCUCAAGUAUUGGCAAAUCGUGCAAUUAUCCUAUGCGGAGACACAUGCCAAAUUCGCAUCCUCUGAUUCCCAUGAAUUGUUCACCACCUUCUUCCGAGUUGUACCUGGCAGUCGAAAUACUAACAUGGCCAAGUGCAAGUUUGUGAAUCAUUUCGGAUGGAAGCGCGUCGGCACUGUGAAGCAGAAUGAUCAACCCAGAUACGCAUUGCCCCACGAAGCGCUCACAACUCGUCUGGAACAUGGCUUCGGCGUAAAAAUCGUGCAUACCGCAGGUGUCAACUGGGAGCAAAUCGAGACGGUUGGCGGCGAGCUCGACGAGCUAAAGGAACGAGAUGUUCGAAUUAUCCUCGUCGACGUGGACGAAGAGAUGGCGGCUACCGUACUCUGUGCAGGAUAUCAUAGAGGAAUGUAUGGUGACAACUAUGUAUGGAUUCUACCUGGAUAUCAUUCCGAUAAAUGGCUGAAUCAAACUCACGACAAUUGCACUGUCGAGGAGAUGCGGGAAGCGGCAAAAAAUCAUUUUUCAGUGGAAUUUGCGUUGACUAGACGAGAUGUAGAUACUAAGAUUGUGGGGAAUACGAGAGCCGGCGAUGUCUGGAAUGAGAUCACUCAGCUGGAUCCGAAUAACACGUGGCGAGGGUAUCUGUACGAUGGACUGUGGACACUUGCCAUUGCAUUGAGCCAUUCAAUGGGUGAUAAUGCCGAAUUUUCGCAUCAUAAAAUGAUGGAGGCAAUUGACAAUUCUUCUUUCCAGGGGUUGACGGGAAAAGUAAAAUUCGCGAACAACGAACGCCUGGGCUUAGUGGACAUUAAGCAGUGGUCCGACGGCCAAUAUGUCCCAUUUGCAGUCUAUGACGGAGCAGAUGAUGAAUUCAAAAUAAUUGAUAGUACCACAAAAGGAUGGUCACCACCACUUGACUCAACAAUUACCGAACGUCGACGGGAACAUAUUUCAUCGAUUCUCUUCUUGGCUAUGUCACUGUUAGCGCUAAUUGGCAUAUUUUUGGCACUUAUCUUUUUGCUCAUUAAUUUUAGAUACAGGAAUCAUAGAUUUAUAAAAAUGUCAUCUCCAAACCUGAACAAUAUAAUUAUUGCUGGAUCAAUUUGCACGUUUGCAUCUGUAAUAAUGUUAGGAUUAGACACUCGAAUAGUCAGCCCAGAUGUAUUUGUAUGGUUGUGCUACACAAAAACCUGGACACUUUGCAUUGGAUUUACACUUUCUUUUGGUGCAAUGUUCUCGAAAACCUGGAGAGUUCACUCAAUAUUCACAAAUAUUCGAAUGGAUCGGAAGGCUAUCAAAGAUUCGAAAUUGUUUAUUAUUCUGGGGAUUUUACUUUUUAUCGAUAUUUGUGUGCUGGUCACAUGGGCAUUUGUCUCACCGUUUUCGUAUACGGUCACUGAACUUCCUCACAUUCCAGAAGACAAUAUUGUAAUAAUCCCAGAGGUGGAAAAGUGCAAUUCUUCACAUUCCGGAGUUUUUCAAGCGGUUCUGUAUGCAGUCAAAGGAGUCCUAAUGAUCCUGGGUUGCUUCCUUGCCUGGGAGACUCGACACGUGAAUGUUCCAGCACUGAACGAUAGUAAAUACAUUGGAACAAGUGUCUAUUGUUGUGUUGUUAUGAGUGUUCUUGGCUUAUCGACAAGUGUCAUUCUACAGGAACGGGUCAACGAGAUGUUCAGUCUCGCUUCGUUUUUUGUCAUUUUCUCGACGACACUAACGUUGUGUCUCGUUUUUGUGCCAAAGGUAAUCGAAUUGGCUCGAAAUCCGGUUGGCAACGAGCCAAGAGCCUAUCGACGGGGUCUUAUGAAGAGUGUUGUCGCGAAGACUUCACAGCCAAUGUCACCCCAGCCAAGAUCCGACAGUUCCGGUGAUCUAAUUGGAAAAGCAGAAAGCGAAAACAAGUUGCGUAGGCGAUAUUUACAUCAGAAAUCAACUCAAUUAUGGGAUCUGGUAGAAAAGCUGCGAGCACAGGGUGACACUCGGUUUUUACAACAAGAAUGGUGUCUUUCUUCGGCUUCUCCAUCGUCGCAAGAACGAGAGACGUCGCUUCUUCUGCGUCAGCCGUCGAGUAGCAAUAACAGAGAGGAGACGAGUUUGACAGCUGCUGGUCCAAAUGGUGAACGAUCAUCCGACUGGCCAUGGGUAGAUCCGGAUGAGCCGAGCACAAAGCUUUAGGAUUCUUCAAUUUUUUUUGAAUUUUAAAAGAAUUUUUAUAUUUGAUGUACAUGAAUAAAAAGUAAUAAAUUUUAAGUGUAAAU